AUGAUUAUAAUUUUUUUUUUAACUCCAAUUGUCAAGAAAAGGUACAAUUCAGGAUCAAAGAGAGGAAGUCCGUAUUAGGUUAACUAAAAUUUAACACCACCCUAAUAGUCAAGCUAUGAAGACUCUCUUACAGCUGAAUGUUUAAUUAGGGGAAAUAUGGAGGACCAGAUUUUUAAAACAUUAUUCAUUGGAGAAUCACAACCUAGACAAAAUGAAACGGUUUAAGACUUGAUGAUUAGAAGGCUUAAGGAUUGUUGUACAGAGAAGAAGGAUAGGUAUGGGAUAAAGGAACUUCUGAAGAUUAAGAUGAAAGAAGUAGGAAUCAAUACAGAGGCCAAUGGGAGAUGGGUCAAGUACUCUAUAAUGGGAGCUCCUUUUGAUAAUAACUCUGAAGAUUUGAGUAAACUGGCUGGGGAAGAGAAAUAAUUUUGA